AUGGCCUCAACAACUAGCACGCCCGCCUCCUCUCCGCCGCCAACGCCCGGCGUGCGACCGUCCUCUCCCUCGCCAUCACGAACCGGCCUUCGCGCCCUCAGCAGAAUGGGCACUAUGCUCCGGCGUAACUCGUCAGGCUUCUCUCUAAAGGGCCUUCCUCGCUCGGAGUCGAAGAAUUCGCUGCGCAAGGAGGCGUUGGCGCAGGCGUCAGCGGACGAAGGGCAUUCUCUGCCCAGCCCCGUCGCUGAGUCCCCAGUACGCGAGGCCGCUGCCAAUGCCGCAGAAGUUGCAACAUCAUCUCCGGCACACCCAGUGCACCAUCCAUCCCCUCUCGCUCAUGAAGCCAAACCGUCUCCUGAACCUUCACCAGUGACAUCUGCCGCACCGGUAUUGACGCAAGAGCCGGAGCCUGCCGCCGAAGCGCCACCGGCUUCAGUCCCAAUUGCUAUAGUACCAGCAUCGACGGAGGCGGCGCCAGUACCUGCACCACCAACUCCCCAACCUCAGCCAGCCACCCCUCCCAAGCCGGCCGAAGCGUCUGUAGCACCGGUCGAGAAGGUCACGGUCAUCUCACCAAGGCAGGAGCCCAUCUCUCUCCAGGUCGCCGCUGAGCAGCUGGAGCAGAAGGCGCCCUCCACCGCUGCUCCCGUCGCCCCCACCGCUCCGGGCACAGCCCAGGAACGCCCUGCAGACCACGGGCGGGGCGACGACACAUCCAAGGCUGCCGGUAAGAAGCCAUCUAAGGCGAGCCUUGACGCGCAUGGACCCGUGGCGCCUCCGAGAGCAGAACCUGCACCAGCGCUGGCGUCGGCAUCAGCACCAACACCGGCACCGGCAUCAGCCUCCGCGCAAGUGCCAACACCCGCUCCCGUGCAAGCACCAACACCAGUGCGGGCAGCGACGGCCCCUGCUGAGCCAGCCCCGGUACCUCAAGCUCCAGCCGUGCCGGCUGCUGCACCAGUCAUCGAACGCGCACCUACCAAGACUGAAGCACAGACUGCCGAUCCCUUUGCUGCCGCUGUUGCUGAUCGGUCCGCCUGGAAAGAUGGAAGUGCAGUGGUCUCUCCCAAACGAUCUGCACAGAGCAUUCGCCCAGUGCCCUCUCACGAAGCGCUUGUUGCGUCUCCUGAGCACUAUGCGCAACACGUCUCGCGGUCGCC